AUGAGGGCCCCCUUCGCUGCCACUGCCGUUGCUGUGGCCGGUCUGCUGUCGGAGCACAAGGCUCUGCUGAACCGUGCGUUGCCAAAUGCGCCCGAGGGCUACGUGCCGACGGAGGUCGAUUGUCCUACCAAUCGCCCGAGCAUUCGUAGUGCUGCGAAGCUCUCGCCGCACGAAUCGUCGUGGCUGAAGAGCAGACGGGAGAAGACCAAGCCCGCUCUGAAGGAUUUCUUCGGCCAUGUGAAGAUCAAGGACUUCGAUGCGGCCGGGUACAUCGAUCGCACCGCGAGCGACAGCCCCGACCUGCCCAACAUUGGCAUCGCGGUGUCUGGUGGUGGGUACCGUGCGCUCAUGACGGGUGCCGGUGCGCUGCAUGCGUUUGAUAGUCGCACAGAGAACUCCACCGCCACGGGCCAGCUCGGUGGUCUGCUGCAGUCUGCCACCUAUCUGGCCGGUCUGAGUGGAGGCGGCUGGUUGGUGGGUUCUGUCUACCUGAACAACUUCACCACUAUCUCCUCGCUGCAAACCACCGGUGAGGGCGACGUGUGGCAAUUCGAGAACACCAUCUUUGAGGGCCCCGAUGACGACAGCCUCCAGCUUUUCGAUUCGAUCGACUACUUCAAGAAUAUCGAGAAGGCCGUGUCGGCCAAGGAGGAUGCCGGGUUCAACACCUCGAUCACGGAUUACUGGGGACGCGCGCUGGCCUACCAGAUGAUCAACGCCACCGACGGCGGCAUUGACUACACCUGGUCGUCGAUCGCCGAAAUCGAGGCGUUCAAGAGUGGCGACAUGCCGCUGCCCGUGUUGGUGGCCGAUGGUCGAUUCCCCGGUGAACUCGCCAUCAGCACCAACACCACCGUCUUCGAGUUCACCCCGUGGGAGUUCGGCACGUACGAUCCUACCAUCUACGGGUUUGCUCCCCUGAAAUACGUGGGCACCAAGUUCGUGGGCGGAUCCAUCCCCAAGGACGAGAAGUGUGUGCGCGGCUACGACAAUGCCGGCUUCAUCAUGGGCACCUCGUCGAGUCUGUUCAACCAGGCCUUCUUGAAGGUCAAGGACUCCGACUCCAUUCCUUCUUUCCUGAAGAAGGGGCUCCUCAACAUCCUGGGCGGCAUCGGCGAGGACGACGACGAUAUUGCCGUGUACACGCCGAACCCCUUCUACCAAUACCGCCCCGAGUCGGACCCGAACUCGCACCAGAAGGAACUGGACGUCGUCGACGGCGGAGAAGAUCUGCAGAACCUUCCCCUGCACCCGCUCAUCCAACCCGAGCGCCAUGUGGAUGUGAUAUUCGCGGUGGACGCCUCCGCCGACACCACCUACAGCUGGCCCAACGGCACGGCCCUCAUCGCCAGCUACGAGCGCAGUCUAAACAAGACCGGCAUUGCCAACGGCACGGCCUUCCCAGCCAUCCCAGACGCCAACACCUUCGUGAACAACGGGCUCAACGCGCAACCGACCUUCUUCGGCUGCGACAGCUCCAACCAGACGAGCGCCACCCCCUUGAUCGUGUACCUGCCCAACUCCCCCUACACGUCGUUCGGGAACUGGUCCACCUUCGAGCCCAAGUACACCAACUCGGACCGCGACAACAGCAUCAUCAACGCCCACAACAUGGUGACCAUGGGCAACGGUACCCGCGACGCCGACUGGCCGACCUGCGUGGGCUGUGCCAUCCUCAGCCGCUCGUUCGACCGCACCAAGACCAAGGUCCCCGAGGCCUGCACCCAGUGCUUUGACAAGUACUGCUGGGACGGCAAGACCAACACGACGGCCCCGGCGGAGUACGCGCCCGCCACCGUGCUCGGCGGGAAGACCAGUGCCGGUUCGUUGGCUGGCCCUACAGCCUGGACCGGUAUGGUUGCCGCUGCCGUGGCUCUGUUUGCGCUGGUCUAA